AUGCCCUUCAAACAGGCAUCUCCAGCUGUGCCUGCUUCACAACUGUACAAGAAACUCAAGAAGGUGGGAAAGGGUGCAUAUGGUUCAGUCUACAAAGGCAUCGAUACUCGCACCAACAAGGUGAUUGCCAUCAAGGUCUUGAAUCUAGAUACAGAGGAAGAUGAUGUGGACGAUAUUCAGCGAGAGAUUGGGUUACUAUCGCAGCUUACACAUGCUCGAUCACAAAAUAUCACACCUUACUAUGGCAGUUUUCUGAACGAUACAAAAUUGUGGAUUAUCAUGGAUUAUGCGGCUGGUGGCAGUGUGCGAACGAUAAUGAAGGCGGGCAACUUGGAAGAACGCUAUAUCGCUCUCAUUACUCGAGAAAUCCUGCUUGCACUGUCGUAUUUGCAUAAAAAUCAAAUCAUUCAUCGAGACAUCAAGGCUGCCAACAUCUUAUUGACGGCUGAGGGCAAUGUGCAAUUGUGUGAUUUUGGUGUUGCUGCUGCCAAUUCAUUCAGACGAAGCACAUUUGUAGGCACUCCUUAUUGGAUGGCACCAGAAGUGAUUAGAGAAGGAGCUUCGUACGAUUACAAGGCAGAUAUUUGGUCAUUGGGCAUCACUGUGUACGAAAUGGCUACGGGUAAUCCACCUUUGGCUAAUGUGGACCCCAUGCGUGCCAUCUCGGUCAUCCCAAAAUCUGCUCCACCGAGACUACCGGAUACAUUUUCACCUGCUAUCCGGGAAUUUGUCGAUUGCUGUUUAUCUGAACACCCAAACGAGAGGUUGAAUGCGGACGAAUUACUCAAAUCCAGGUUCAUAAAGAGCGUCAUUAAAGUGCCUCGAUCAGCAUUGCGAGAUGUGAUUGCCAGAUAUGACAAGUGGAAAAAGACGAAUGAGGCCUCCAAGCGAUGUAGUAUUAUAUCCAAUGAGCUUAGUGAAAGUGAUACUGAGGAUCCUGCAAUGGAUGACUUUGAAGACAUGCACGAGGAUACUUGGGAGUUCGAUACCAUCAAAAGUAGCCAACAAACAACAGUGAAACGAGUAGACAAGCAAAUAAGCGCCAAAGAAACAACAACAACAACAACAACAACAACAGCAACAACAGCGACGGAUGUCACUAUAAAGGCACCACAGCCAUAUACCCGAAACCCUGAAUCACUUCCUCUUGUUCGUAUGUUUAUGACAGCCGAGCAAAAGGCCGCAGAAAACCUCAACAUACCCAGCCACGCUCAUAUUAACAAUUCAGCCCCAUUGUCUCUGGAUGCACCUCAUCUCUUGAAAACCACAGAACCAACGACUACAAGCCUAAACAGCAGCAGCAGCAGCACGCGCACAUUGAAUGCAACUACCACCGCCACCACUACCACUACAACAAAUGUACACGGUCAAUUAGGAGAUGUACCAUCUGUAAGGCCCAGUCUAGUGAGGGACAUGCCACCGCCAGAUCAACUAAGUGGUAGCCACGAAUUCAUGGCGAGUCAUAGCAAUGGAAGACUAGUGCCUGGCGCACCACCACCUCGUAAUCUGAUGAACUCUCCAGUGUCGAAAUUAGUGCCUUUGUCGAGAUCAGGGUCUUCAGAAGGUGGUGGUGGCAUUGGUGGUGGAAAACCCAUGAUACGCGCUAGAUCCCAUUCAGAGCAACGGCCCAUGCAUGAGCAAGAGCGAGAGCGAUCAUCCUCGUUUGAUACAGGACAGCCUAUGCCUACAGUGCCUAAUUUGAAGAAUGCCAUGACCAACAUCUCCUCUCCAUUGGCGAGACGAGUGCGGUCGGCUACCACAUUGAGACCACCAUCCGAUGAGGAUAGUGUCAAUCUGAAGGCAUUGAUCAAUCAAAAGCAACAACAACAACAACAACAACAACAACAGCAGCAGCAGCACAUUCAAGUAACACCUUCUUCACCCGCAACACCUGCCACUGUGGAUAAGGAUCACUCAAACGACUCACAUCGUCGAAGCAUUAGCGCUGGUAAUGCCUCUUCCAACAAAAAGAUUCUGCAAGACAUGAUCAAGGAUCCACCUGUGGCUACUACCCAAAGAAACAUACCCCCAUUGGCCUCUAUUUCUACAGAGGCCGAGAUAUUCAAGCAAAAGCUGGAGCGUGAACAAAAGGACCCAGAGGCAGCUAUCCCAGUGAUACAGCCGCUUGCAUUAGACGGUCUGCAAUCACAGCAGCAGUUUUAUGAUGCCAUUUGGAACACAUUGGGAGAUUUGAAUGGAUGGUUGGAAGCCAUGGAGAUUAGUUUAGCUCAUGUAGAUACUACAGCCAACUUUUGA